GACAGGUCUGGACGAGCUCGGGGAAGUUAGAAGGUUCUUCACAUUCCAAGAGGUAAACUGAUCUUUCUGCCUGAGGGUGGAAGGGGCUGGGCAGCUCUCAGACGGCAGCGAACUCCAACAGCAGAGCCAUGUUUUAUAGCACUACCAAGAAGAUUGUGAGUGAGAUUGCCCCGGGCAACCUCACACUGUUUCCUGUGAAAAGCCCGCUUGAUUCUUCAAAAUGCAAACCACUUCACCUAGUCAUCAAAAAGAAGAAAAAAUUCUUUUCCAAAAGAGAAAAUUAUGUUCCGACUCCCUUCAGACUGACUGAUAUAUUGAUUGAUGGCCAAGAUUUAGAUUUUGGAUUGAGUAGCUCUAUCAUUGCCUGCUUCUCUGAGUCUUCCAGCGCCUCGCUCAGUGCCCAAGUGGGUGUGGAUUCCGGCCAUGUUGAUGUAGGAGCGCACAUCUCAGGAAGUUCCUCAGACGCCAUGUCAAGUGUGGAAAUGAGAAAGCACACAAUCUCUGAACGCACGCUGCUGGAUGUUACCAAAGACAGGAAAGUGAACAGAGAACAUGGCUUUGUGAAACAGAUGAAGAAUAAUACGGUUUAUGUGAUACUGGAAGUGAUAGAGACGGAACACGCAUGUUCUGUAAACAACUCCGCUAAGGCCGAAACAGGAAUGAAACUUCUAAUGAAACUUCUGGGGACGGAAGCUGAUCUCAGCGUGAGUCGAGAAAGGAAGUUAACUUUUCCAGCUCGAACAUCUAUUGCGUACAAGGUCUCCGAACUGAUGAUUAGUCCAAGUGAUAUUCUGGAAUUAGAUUGGGAAUCGUACCUCCAGAGUACUGAAAUGUCAAGAUUUGACCGGAAACCCAGACUUGCUGCUUUACUUGCCGAGCUGACGAAAAUGUGUGCGGACAAGAAGAUGCUAUUCCUCAACGCGAUCCUUGAAAUUCUUGAGCACAGUGAUAGCUUUGCGGUUCUUGAUGAAAUGCUGGACCCGAUUAUAGAAGAUUUGCAGCCUGACUUCCAAGUGCUGGAUCAGACGGAGGAAGAUAACAGGGCGUGCGUGGAGAAGGUGUUGGAUCUGCUGGGAAUUAAGAAGGAAGAUCCACCUGGAGAACCCCUCGCUCUCACCCCAGAGUCUGAAGGCAUCAUCCGGGCGGUAAUCAUUCUCAUCCAGUCACUCAGCGAGAUGGAUCCUGAAACUUUAAUCCUGUUGGCAAGCUGUGUGAAGGCAGAGAUUAUAUCCAAACAGCUAAAGCUGGUGACAAUAAUUGAUGACAAAUGGUCGGGGGCUCCUCAAUAUCUACGUGACCUCCUGGAGGAUGAGGAAGACCCUGAGAAGGUUCUGAUCGCUCAGCUCACUGACGAGGAGUUUGAAAUAACUCAGCAAGUGCUGGAAGAUUUUGGAUUUCAACUGGACAGAGAAAGUGCUUCGGUUUUGCGCAUUAAGAACUGUAAACAAGGAGACGUACUUUCUCUCUAUGCUGCUCUGUACGCUCUCAAUGGGUUAUGUGACUGAGCUGUUGUGUUGUGAUCACACCCACUGUUCAUGGUCCUUCUCUGACAUUAGUUCACAAGCCGUUGGAGGAGAAUUAGGCCAUUCAGCCCAUUGAGUCUACUCCACCAUUCAAUCAUGGCUGAUCUAUCUUUCCCUCUCAACUCCAUUCACCUGCCUUCUCCCCACAACCUUCGCCCUUGCUAAUCAAGAAUCUGUCAACCUCCACUUCGUUCCACAGAACGUUGGUCUCUCUUUGGCCGUUUGAUGCUCAGUAAAACUCCAUGAGUCCGGCA